GCAGCGCUGACAGGAUGCAGCUGAGAGCGCUCUGCCUGAUGAUGUCCUGCCUGCAGGUCAUCCCCGACAGGUCUCAGUUCUUCAGGUACGAAUCCUUCACUCUGAGCUGCGAGGACCACCUGAACUCCACCGGCUGGACGGUGAAGAGGAGGACGGCGGGCGGCGGGGUCCGACCCUGCACCUCCGGCUGGGGCACCGCCUCCUCGGGCUCCACCUGCGUCGUCGGGGACCCGUACCCGUCCGACAGCGGGGUGUACUGGUGCGAGUCCGGGACCGGAAACAGGAGCGACAACAUCACCAUCGUCAUCACCGACAGCACCGUGCUCCUGGAGAGUCCGGCCCUCCCGGUGUCGGAGGGAGCCUCCGUGACCCUGCGCUGUCGGGCCGAGACCAGCUCCCCCAACCACACCUUCACCUUCCUCAAAGACGGCCUCCUGGUGGGCAGCAGCGCCUCGGGACAGAUGACCAUCCACGGAGCCUCCAAGGCCCACGAAGGACUCUACAUCUGCCGCAUCCCCGGAUUCGGGGAUUCGCUGGGCAGCCGGCUGAAUGUCGACGGUUCUCCUCAACCUCCGUCUUCAGCUCCACCUGCAGCCUCCUGCUCCGCCUCCAGGGUGAUGUGUCACCUGUUGGUGGGGACGCCUUACCUGCUGUCCACCAUCUUACUGGCUCUCAUCUACAGAGACCGGAGCCGAGCAGCUCUGACGCUCGCCGACGGAAGAGGCGGCGACAGCGUCGUCAUGGAGAUCGCUGUGUAGGCCUGCCGGCUGGUUAAAGAGGUCACUGUGUUCUUGGCCCCGCUCGAGGUCCUGGAGGUCCAUCUCCACCACCAGCAUCUUCAGACUAAGUGAUGUGUGUAUGUUUGUCUCAUCUUUGUGGUUCACAUGGUGCUCACAUGGUGAGCUGUGAGUUAAGUCUGUGUGUUUGGUUCCAUUUCAUAUCCGUCCAGAAUUUACUCCAAAUAUUAUAAAUCUUUCACGAAUCCGUGAAUGUCCUUUUGUAGCGUUGUUAUUCUUUGUGCUGCGGUGUGAACGUUACUUUGACCCAGCUCGUUGCCGGGUGUUCCUGUCAGGUCCGGUGUGGUGAGCUGACGACUGAAACUGUCUCUGUGUUAUUUCUAAGAAGUGGAAACGUCGUGCCAUUUAAAACCACACGCCUUCAGACGCACAUCAAAAUAACUGUGUGGCACAUUUAAUUUAAUAAAACGGAUGGAUAAGAUGUCCUGUGACCAAAACACGCAAUAAAUCUGUCUUUGAACUUCAAUGUGAAAAGAGCGUCUCUACCUUUCUGACUGUUGUGUUGCUAGGCAGUUUA